AGUGAGUGGAACGCAGUUUACACUGCACAGAAGCAGAUGGACAUGACUGCUACCAAGCUUCAGCAAAAUUCAUGCCAAUUGCAUAUCAGCAGCAAAGAGGAGAGGAAGCUACGGAAACCUCUCAUUGAGAGAAAGAGACGGGAAAGAAUAAAUCUUUGUCUGGAUCAGCUGAGAGAGACUGUAGUUGCAGUUUUUAAGCCUGAUCAGUCUAAGUUAGAGAAAGCUGAUAUUCUUGAGAUGACAGUGAAACAUUUGCAAAAUAUCCAGAGCAGUAGAGUUUCUGACCCUGUUCUGAAUACAGGAGCCCGACAGAGAUACAGCACUGGGUAUAUCCAAUGCAUGCAGGAAGUUCACAACCUUUUACAUUCUUGCGACUGGAUGGACAAAACCCUUGGAUCCCGCUUGCUCAAUCACUUGUUUAAAUCUCUACCUCUAUCUGCAAAGGACUGCCCUCGGCUACCCAAGACUUCCCUGACAAGUGUUCCUUCAGACCAUAGCGAGUACUCUAGUUUCCAUGUUGAUGAGACGGCGAGUCCAAAACCCUGCUCUUCUUCUCCUUUCUUGUGUAAGAGGCCCAAUCAGUCUCAGAACCAGCAUUUUACUCCUAUUAGAAUGCCACAUGAUGUUGAGAGUUCUCACCUUUCAGUUCUACAGAUGUGGAGGCCCUGGUGAAAUAUUUAUUUUGACAGUGUACUUGUGUUGAUAGUACUAUAUAACUUACUUGACAACUGUAUGCUGCAAAACUGUAUGAAUAGUAUGCAUUCACAUCCAGUUUUUGCUGAUUGUGGUAGAACCUCCUCUAAUAUCUAUCUUUUAGAUAUGUGUCACUGCAUCCAGAAUAGCUCCCAUUUUAGAAUUUCUACUUCCUUUCUAAAUUAAAACUACUGUAGCCUCCAUUGUAAAAGGCCCCUAUAAAUCAUAUUUACUUAAUAUCCUAUAUAUUUUUAAUUGUCAUAACCCUUUGGCUACUAAUACUGUGUUGUAUGUUUCUUUCAAUUACUUUAAUGUGCAUUUUAAACAAUUAUUAUUAAAAGAUUGGUUUGCAA